AGAUUUAUUUGCGUGUGAUUGUUGAGUUCACUGCUGCAUUCACCAAUCAAGAAGAAAAAGAAGAAAACAGUCGACACACCAUCGAGUCCCUCGUUCGAUCAAUGAAUCCUUCCUUCCCACGACAUUCCAUAAUUGUCGACACCGCGCCGCCGCCACCGCCCACCCUCGGGUCCGUGAAGCCCACAGUUGUGUACGCGGAGAAGAGCACCAGCACAGCGGCCCGUGCAUUCAACGCGUCGGCAGAUGCUGUCAACGUCACCAUGCGCAACGUCACGCAUCAGGUGACUUCCGCCGUGAGCAGCGCCGCGAAGGCAAUCAGUCGAGAGACCGCGUCAGCAGCGCCGAGUGGGAACUGGACGACGGCGUCUGACACCACACCAACCACCACCACCACAACCGGCAUUCGGUGGUCUGAAGAGCUCAACAGGAUGACGACGACGUCCGUGUCGGAGCGGGCGUCGCGCCUCUCGCUGUUGCACUUCUUCGCGUGGAUUUUGCUUUUUUCCACGCUGACGAUGACGACAGUAGUGCUGCUCAACUGGGUCCUGCGCAGCCGCCAAUCUGCUGCGGACGCGCGUGGCGAAGAGGAGGACGAAGAGAUGCCUACAAAGGCGUUCGUCUUUCCAUCGACGUCGUCCACGCAGGGAACGCUAGCGGAAGGCCCGAGCAGCGCGUCCUCGUCCUCGAAUCGUCUCUUAGCGUCGCGUGGCAACUUAGCACGACAGCAAUUCCUCGAGUCGCGCAAGACAGGCGGGAAUGCCAAGAAUUACGGCGGCACAGGUACGACGUAA